AUGUCUUUGGCUUUUGACGAGUACGGCCGCCCCUUUUUGUUGGUCAAGGAACAGGCGCAGAAGGAGCGUUUGACUGGAGUGGAGGCGCAGAAGUCCAAUAUCCUUGCUGCUAUAAGUGUUUCCAAUGUCCUGAAGACGAGUCUAGGACCUCGUGGAAUGGACAAGAUUCUAGUGACGCAAGACAAUGAUGUUGUUGUCACUAACGAUGGCGCGACGAUUGUUGAUCUCAUGGACAUUGACAAUGAAAUUGGUCAACUCAUGGUCGAACUCAGCAAGUCGCAGGACUCUGAAAUUGGCGAUGGUACGACGGGUGUUGUAUGCUUCGCUGGGGCACUCUUGGAGCAGGCCAAUGGGCUUCUCGACAAGGGCAUUCACAGCUCCCGCAUCUCUGAGGGAUUUGAGAAGGGCUGUGAGGUGGCAUGCAAAAGAAUUGAGGAAAUUUCAGAGACGGUGCCUGUUAGCCGUGAGGAAUACAAUUAUCUCCUGCAGACCGCACGCUCAACACUGAACUCGAAGGUUGUGAAUCGCGAGCGGGACCGUCUUGCAAAGAUUUGCGUGGAUGCCGUGUUGUCCGUGGCGGACAUGGAGCGUCGGGAUGUGAAUCUUGAUUUGAUUAAGGUGGAGGGAAAGGUGGGGGGCUGCCUUGAGGACACGUGCUUAGUAAAUGGCAUUGUGCUGGACAAGGACUUUUCCCACCCCCAGAUGCCCAAGCAGUUGAAGAACCCAAAGAUUGCCAUUUUAACCUGCCCCUUUGAACCACCGAAGCCCAAGACGAAGCACACGGUUCAAAUUGCUAAUGCGGAACAAAUGUCUGAAAUCCACGCGCAGGAGCAAGAAUACUUCCGGAAGCAAGUUCAACUCUGUAAAGAUGCAGGAGCCGAACUUGUCAUUUGUCAGUGGGGGUUUGAUGAUGAGGCAAAUUAUCUUCUUUUCCGCAACGAUCUCCCCGCAGUGCGUUGGGUUGGUGGUGUGGAACUGGAGAUGGUUGCCAUCGCCACUGGUGGACGUAUCAUUCCCCGCUUUGAAGAUAUAAGUGGGUCGAAACUUGGAACUUGUGGCACCGUGCGUGAGGUUGGCUUUGGCACCACGAAGGACCGCAUGAUAUUUAUUGAGGACUGCCCGAACAGCAGGGCAGUAACCAUUUUGAUUCGUGGCGGGAAUAAGAUGAUGGUUGAGGAGGCAAAGCGCUCCCUUCACGAUGCGUUGUGCAUGGUUCGAAAUUUGAUUCGCGAUAAUCGUGUCGUGUACGGUGGGGGUUCGGCGGAAAUUGCCGCUUCUUUGGCCGUGCUGAACUACGCCGACAGCAUUUCGACUGUCGACCAGUACGCCAUCCGGAGAUUUGCGGAUGCGCUGGAAUCUAUUCCCAUCAACUUGGCUCUCAACAGCGGUCUCGACCCGAUUAAAGCCCUUUCACUGGCACGCAUCGUGCAGGUAGAAGGAAAGAAUCCGUACGCCGGCGUGGACUGCAUGGAUUGCGGCACAAUUGACAUGAAGCAGCAGCAGGUGUUUGAAACCCUGCAGGGGAAGUGCUCGCAGCUACGCCUCGCCACACAAGUGGUGAAGAUGAUUCUGAAGGUUGAUGACGUCAUUCUCACUCACGUUGAGGAGGAGCAGUAG